UUUAAUAAAUGUAGUGGUGAAGCAUUUAAUGGAUAUAUUCUUACCUAGGUACCUGCUUACUUGCCGAACUGCGAAAGUCUUUGACUUUGGAUAUUCAAUGUGCCUCCUCUCAGUCAGAGAAUAUACCAUACCUUUGCCGACAACAUGCCUUCAGCCAGCACUAGUUUCCUCCAUGGCGAGGACAUAGAACCCAGUCCUCAGCACACGGAGAAUGGUGCUGCUGAUGCGAACUCAACCGGAGACCGGGAGCCUAAGAAACUCAUUUUAUGUUUCGACGGCACCGGAAAUUCGUUCACCGGAUCGAACGCAGACACUAAUGUGGUCAAGAUCUUAAGUGCUUUGGAUCGUAAUGAUCCUCACCAAUUCCAUUAUUACCAAACUGGUAUUGGUACGUACGAUGCCAACGACACUUCGGUCAACAAGUCAUGGUUUGGCGAGCUACGGAGCUCCAUCUCUCAGACUAUCGAUCAAGGAAUUGGUACGACUUUCGAUGUGCACGUUAUGGCCGGGUAUCGGUUUCUCAUGCGUUACUAUGACCCUGGUGACAAGAUCUACAUGUUUGGAUUUAGUCGUGGUGCUUUCACGGCCAAGUUCCUAGCACGCAUGAUCAACACUGUGGGACUUCUCUGCAAAGGUAAUGAGGAAAUGGUGCUCUUCGCGUAUAGGCUUUAUCAGCGCUACCUAGCAGGCGAAACCGAUAAUUUCCAGAAGGGAACCAAGACGGCUAGCACAACCGGUGGCGAAACUGAACCAUUAUUGAAUGACAUUGACGCCGGGGACGACGCGGACAAUACGGACGAUAGCCACCACCACAAACACCAUAAGCACAAGCACCAGAUGGCCCGUGACGAAAUCACGGCAUUCAGUAGCACAUUCUGCCGGAAAGAACGGAGAAUCCACUGUGGGAAGGUAGAAGAGAUCAAUAUCAAAGUGUACUUCCUCGGGAUCUGGGACUGCGUGAACUCGGUAGCGAUCCUAGAGCGUAAGACGCCGGUGCCUGUGCCGGUAAGAGGUACUGCACAGUUUGUUCGGCACGCUGUCGCAGUUGACGAACGCCGCGUUAAGUUUAAGGCUGCACUUCUCGCGCAGGAUAUCCGCAUCUCGAACCCCCACGACGAGGAAGAUAUAAAGGAAGUCUGGUUUCCGGGAUGCCACGGUGAUGUCGGCGGCGGCUGGCCCGCUACCAUUGGCCAUCCGCUUGACAACAACGAACAUAUGACCAUCUGGCAACGCAUCAAGAACUUCUGGACGACCCGAAAGGCUAAAGAACCCAGCGGAGAUGUCUCCAAGGACCCGUUCCAGAUGAGCGAUAUCCCACUAGCGUGGAUGAUACGAGAGCUUGAGCUGGUAGGAGAGAAAGACCCGCCUGCAGCAGUCAAAUGGUCUACGGGAGUCAACGGUUUCAAGAAACGGUUCAGCAAACAGAAGAACAAGGACCAGGCAUUGAAAGGGUUCAUGCACGAUUCGCUGCGGUUCGGCUAUGGAACGGGCUUCAUCGGCGUGUUGCUUUGGAAGUUCAUGGAAUGGAUACCAUUGAUCACUCGCUGGGAGCUUGAUCACAGGAAAAACGAGUGGCUCAACGUCCGGUUCCCGCUCAAUAAGGGUAAUACUCGUGACAUCCCACACGACGUCGUCCUACACGAAUCGCUGCUCUGGCGCUUGAAAAACGACCCUACUUAUCGACCGAAAAAUAACCACGGCGGAUCAUUGCCGCCAUGUCUAAAACACGAUAUCCAGGUCGUGCUUAUCGAUGACAAGCCACAGAAAUUGACAGAUAUCGAUGCUGGAAUAACUGCUUUCGAAAGCUCUAAAGGCCAUGAUCAUGAGUUUCUCUAUCAUAAUACAUAUAGGCUCCUGAAAUCGGACGAUGCUGAUUGAGUCCGGUCGGAGUGAGCGAAUGAAGUGAGGGAUAAUAGUGUAGGAGGAAAGGAUGGUAUCAUCCCAAGCUGCCGGACAGCCGAUUACCUACCUACAUGUAGGCAGUGUACGGGUAGUAAUUUCUU